AUGUGUGACCUUUUUCAAGCUAACCCAUGGAAACCAUUAUUAUGUACAAAUUGUCAUCAAAAUCGUUCAGGCCAUGAAAAAUUUACUAGCAAUGAAACUAAAUGUGAACAUUUGCAAUCAGAGAAAAAACCUGCUCUACCAUCAUCAUCUUCAUCAAUGCAUCUCUAUGAAGAAAUUAUGGCGCAAUAUUUUACAAUAAAUACAACCGAUGUAAAUACAUUACAAUCAACAUCAGUUAUUGAUCGAAUACCAACACCAAUUGAAAAUGAAAUCGAUGAUGAUGAAGAUUCAUUUUCUGAUGAAGAACAAGAUUUUAAUAAAACAUCAGCUAUUGAAUUUGUACAAAAUCAAUCAAUGAUUAGCACACAAGGCAUUGUUCUUAUUGGGCCGGAUAUACGGGCAAAACCGAGUCCGGUAAAAAAGCAAAAAAGGAUUCAUCUGCUGAAAAAAAGUAAAAGCAAUGCUGAUGAAUGUUUAAAGAAAACAGAUAUUAUUGAUAAUAAUAACACAUCAAGAUUAUGGUGGUUUAGAACCAAAAAAGCAAACCCAUCACCAGUAGUUCAAAAUGAAUCGAUCAACGAUCUCAAUAAAUCCAAUAUUUCUAGUCCAAUAUUAAACAGUCAAAAUCAUCAACCAAGAAUUCGUGUUUUACCUGAAAUGAAUAAAUUAACAUUGAGUGAAGCUUUAAGCAUUGCUAGACGUCAACAUGCAUUGCCGGGCCGUGAAAAAAAACUAACUAUCAAUACGAAACCGUACAAUAUACCGCCAGUUUUAAAUGGACAAUCUAAUUAUGGAUCAUCAAUUGCAUCAACAACGUCAUCCUCAACACAUUCGAGCAAUGAAUAUGAUAGUAAUUUAGUUAAUAAUUUAACAACAAGCGAACCGACUUAUUUAACAGCGGUAUCACCAAUUGAAAAAAAUCCUUCUCAAGUAACAAUAUUUGAUAAAACCAUUAAGUUAACUAUUGAACGUAUCACACAUGAUCUUCGAAUAGUCAUUGAUGAAUAUAAACAUAAUCUUCCCGUAGCUCGUUUUCAAACAUUGAAAUCUUUUCUAUAUCAACAUCAAUUAUCAAAAACUGCAUCGAAUGAAUCAAUCUAUGUUUUACUCUUACAAAUUCUUGAUGAAUUUUCUCAUGAUUCUACUCAGACAAUGACAACAUUUGAUCAUUUUCUUAUUGUUAGCCAUUCAACUAUGCCCAUUAUUGUCACAACAACUUCAACUGUAAUCAAUGAACAAGAAUCCAUUGAACAAUUUAUUAAAAAUCUCGCUGCUAAAUUAUUUGAUUCGUCAUCAUUACCGAUAUUUAAUGAUCUCGUUACAUUUGAAAAUAUUUCAUAUCGUUAUUUAUCUAAUCAAAUAUUUCAAUUUUCCAAUACCGAUAUUGAUAAUAAUAAUCUGUCAACGCAACGUAUCAAAUUACUUAAUUUAUUUUGGAAUAAAAUACAAUCGUUACGUCAUAUACAGAUAAAUGAAGAAAAUGAACGAUGGAUUUUUGCACUUUAUUUUCUUAUGAAACAUAUUAGUCAGUCAGAUAAUUUGAUUUGA